UGAACUCUCUUUCAGGCGCCGCAUAGUGACGUCACAAAACUAGGCGCUGAAAUUGUGCGUCACGGCUUUUCCUACUAGCACGAAGACGCCAGGGUAACUCGAAGUAAACAAAAAGUCGUGCAAAGAUCGUUUACUUAGACGUCAAGACUGUAAGACUCAUCCCGUCUGGAUAAGAUGUUGCUAGCAGUGCUAACAUGUGCCAGGGAUCUGCUGAAAGUACCUGCGGUGAAGCCGUGUCGUUGGAGGAAAGAUUAGCUUUUACUGUGACCCCUUUGUGGAGACUGAGCUACGAGGAGCAGCUUCAGUGGAAACAGGAACAACAGCACAAAAUCUUAAUCCAGAUGUCAAAUCACCUGGAACAAGACUCGUCUCUUACAUCCAGUAAAGGAGAGCUCGCUUUCCCUGUAUUGCCCAUAGUGCCUUCACCAGUGAGGAACGGCUACCGCAAUAAAUCCACAUUCUCUAUCAACAAAGGAGUAGAUGGAAAUCCCAAAACCGUAGGAUUCUACAUUGGCACUGGGAAAGGUAGAAACAUUGUCUGUAUUCAUGGGGACCAUCUUCUUAACAUUCCAUCAAAGCACAAACUGGUGGGAAGGAGUUAUGAGGAUUUUAUUCGCACGUCACCAUUAAAACCGUGCCUUUUGUUUCAUGACGGAGGACACUGGAGAGAAAUCACAGUGAGAACCAACUCUGCUGGUAACACAAUGGCCAUAGUAUAUUUCCAUCCACAAAACUUAAGUCCCAAUGAGAUUGAUGUCCAUAAAGAAUCUCUAGUUGAAUACUUCCAAAAAGGUCCAGGAACAGUUUGCCAGCUGGACUCCCUUUAUUUUCAGGAAAGCACCAUGACACGAUGCAGCCACAAAGAUUCUCCUUAUCAGCUGCUGUAUGGAGAACCCCAUAUCUACGAGGAGAUCCUUGGCUUGAAGUUCCGUAUCUCUGCUGAUUCGUUCUUUCAGGUAAACAGGGCUGCAGCAGAGGCACUGUACAUGACUGUAGGAGAUCUGAGCAAAGCCAACGAACAGGGAACGCUGCUGGAUGUGUGCUGUGGUACAGGAGCUAUUGGCAUUUCAUUAUCCUCAAGAUUGAAGAAGGUCAUUGGUAUUGAAUUGAUUGAGCAGGCUGUAGAGGAUGCAAAAUAUAACGCUGCACUAAAUGGCAUUCAGAACUGUGAGUUUCUAUCAGGGAAAGCAGAGGUUGUUCUCCCUAACAUGCUAGCCACAAUGCACUCUGAGAAAGCUCUCACAGCUAUUGUGAAUCCGUCCAGAGCAGGCCUGCAUUAUAGAGUGAUCCGUGCUCUGCGCAAUAAUCCUAACAUACAAAGACUGAUCUAUAUAUCCUGCAAGCCAGAAGGAGAAGCAAUGCGGAAUUUCAAGGAGCUUUGCGGAAAGACAGAUUUAAAGAGAAAGCUAACUGGAAAAGCCUUUACACCAAGAAUUGCUGUUCCUGUGGACAUGUUUCCACACACACCUCACUGUGAACUGGUGCUUGUUUUGGAACGAUAAGCAAUAAAGUGUAAUAAACUUAUAAGAACUACUAUAACAUAAAUGAUCUAAUUUGUUUUUACCGAUCUGGCCUACAGAAGAGUAUAGUCCUAAAAUGCACUUUUAUAGGUUUUGGCAUAGUGGUCCUCAAAUGUAGAGGUAAACCCCAGUCUGUUUAGUGGCCAAGGCUCUGUGAAUAGAAGAAAAGAAUCCAAACGAUCAUGUCUUCAGUGUCUCACUACAUGUUUAUCAAUCAUGUAUAAUGGAACAGCUACAGGUAGGCUCCUGCUCUUAGAUUAAGUUGAAAGAAAAAGAGAUGCAUCUGGUUUAGUAGUUGAAUAAGUUAUUUCCUUUUUUCAACAAUUCAGGACAGAUAUGGCACAGAUAAGGCAAAGCAAAUAUACAUUUACUUAACAGCUAAAUUGUAAACAAAUAAAGCUGAAAAACGCUCAUUUUUAUAACCUUACAAGUAAAAGGUGCACACUUCUUACAUCAGAGUUUCAAACAAGUAGUCUGUAAGAUGAGAUUAACUGAUUAAUAAUUUCUGAUCAAGAUGACCAAAUGAAUCGAACAAAAAAAAACGUGUAUAGACCUAUAUUUAUAAAUAAUUUAUGAAUAAUUUUGUAAUCUGUUUUGAUUCACAUAGUACAUAUUUUAAAAAAGUCUUUCUACUGUUCAGAUUUAUUUCAGAUAUUGCAUUAGUUUGUGUUAGAUGUCCUUCAGUGUCCUAGCAGUGUUUUGUCAUAUGUUGUGUCAUGCAAUUCUUUUAUUUACAAGGCCAGAGGCAAAUGUAAUAACCUUUCACUUGUUUCAUAUUGGUUUAGCCCAAUGUGUGCAGAUUAGGCAAACCUAUGCAUAAGCCAAGAGAUACAAUGAUAGUAGAUGAUAGCGUGCAAUCAGAAGAUUGCAAUCGUUCAGUACAAGGACAGAGUAACCAACUGGAAAUGGAUAAUUGUUGACAGUGAUUGCUGCUUUUGAUGAUACAGCAUUAAACAUAAUCUAGCGGGGGCUAUUCAUGUCUCUGGGUUUGAAUAAUAACAUUUUAAAGAGUUUUAACAAUCAUACGCACCGACAUAAAAUAUUAAUACAUGUAUUAUAAUGUUAGGCCCAAACUUACCUUUCUUAUUUCAAAAUGACAAUCAUUUAUCAUUAUUUAUUUUAUUCAUUAGACAUGCAAAGGUUUGACAAAUUGAAACUUUAUAUUGGUUUAUAUCCAAUUUAUCUGGGAACGCUUGGCAUGAGUUGGGAAUAUACUUUGAAUGCUAAUCCAUACAUAUAUUUUUUGUAUCAAUUAUUCUACACAGGAGACACGGUUCACAAGGGGAAGACAACCUGCUACAGAUCAUUUAGAGAUCUAGAGAUGUAGACAGCUGAGAAAAUCAUUGGAGACUCUCUUCCCUUUAUUACAGACACUUACACAACACGCUGCAUCCGCGAAGCCAACAGCAUUGUGGAUGACCCCACACACCCCUCACACACUUUACCCUACUGCCGUCUGGAAAAAGUUACCGAAGCAUUCGGGCCCUCACGACCAGACUGUGUAACAGUUUCUUCGUACAAGAAAUCAGACUCCUUAAUAACUGAACUGUACUGAGCACAACACACACACGCACAUCAACUGUAUGGACUGCACAGACCUACACUAAAUACACACACUUCCAAUAUAUAUCAACCUGUUUACAUGCUGUUUUUGCACACUUUUUGCUAUUUGCACAUUCUGUCUGACAUUUUAGUUGAUUGAAGGGUUUUGCACAACCCUGUACAAUAUCUCAGGUAACUGCUGCUAUAAAAUUGUGUUCAUUCCAGUAUUUCUGCACACUUAAUAUUGUCUGAACAUACAGUAUUUUCACUGGU